AUGCAAAAACAUCUGGCGGCUUGCGAAAGGGAAUGGAUGCGUGAGAACUGUGCAAAUGAUAAAAAACGUGGGAAUACAUCUGGACCGAAAGUUAGGGAACACGUCACUGGAUACGACAUUAACGUAAAGACAUUUGCGGACAUGCUGGCUUUGGGUGCAGAGCGCAGAAUGAGGUGGAGAUUGAGGCACGAAGAAUUCAUUCACACAAUUAAAACGGCCAAAGCAAAUUCGAUGAGGGAACGUGAUGGGAGUCCAGAAGCUGUCGAGCCGUUAUUGUCCGAGAUAACUCAGGCAGGUAAUGGACCUUCUCCUUCUGCAGGUUUGACACAGUGCAAAUUUUGUGGACGAAGGUUUAAUGACGCAGCCUUUAUGAAACACAAGGACCAGUGCAAAGCCAAGCAAACAAGCGUACAAUCUGACCAAACUGAAGAACAAAAGGAAGCCAAAUUGCGGUUUCUUAAAAGAAUGAAGCUGAGAUAUCUCAAAAUCGAUAAUGACAGCCUUCAGUUAUUUUUCUUCGUCCAAUUGUCUGAUCUUUUAGCUACCUCUCUUCCCUUCUUUUCUGCCUCCUCCCUUGAGUCGACUUCGGCUGCACCGUCGGCAGUAAUCGACAAUGAAAAGUCGCCGUCCAUGCUGAGGUCUAAGCAGCAGCGUGAAAAUUCGGUGCAGCCGCAGUCCUCCAACAGCGAGGCUGCCAAGGGAGUCGAUGCUGAAACUGUGCAAAGGAAGACAUCCACCUCCACCUCUUCCACUAAAGCUGUCAGCUCCUCUCGUCGCACCAAUUCCCACCGAUCAAUUAAGCCACCACCCACGGUAGUCAACAAUUUCAUCAACGACAUAAUCCGUGAAAACACUUCAAGAAGAGAAAACAAUCAACAGGAGGGGAAGGAUAUGGGUAGUGAAGAAUGUGGUACCACCAGCAGCUGUGGAAAGGGAAGAUAUGAGAAGUCAGAAGUGAUGGAAUCGGUAAAAACCAGUGGACAGCUGAGUAAAUCUCACACCCGCAACCACAAACACAGCCUGAAGCGAAACGAUUCGCACAUAAUUUCAGAAGGUGACCAAAACUCGUGCGUUGUGUUUUAUAAGUUCAAUCCUACCAGCACAGACUUUUCUCAGGACCAGAAAACUUCGCAAAAGAAAUAUCCUCUGCAUCUGAAAAUACCGCAUCAAAUGGAUGGAGAGGCCAACGCUACGACUGAGAUACGAGAGGGCGGCGCGGGCAGCCUCUAUUCGCGGAUGGCGGCACAGGAGGUCGAAGCAGUUGGCACGUCAUCCCGCUUACAGACGCCAAGUGUACGCAGUUCAGAGCGUAGCGAUGUCAUCUACGAUUCCCAGUCCUUGGUUCUCAGGGGUGAUUGGUUCGCCUAAGUCGUCACAAGAUCUGCCACCAUCAUCACCGCCGCAAGAACCCGGAGGCAGUAUGUACUCCACGUAGUAGAGGCAGCAGCCAAAGCCACUACUCAUCGCAGGAUAAUUGUGGGAGCGAUGACGGUGGUCGGAGGAACGCGUCGCGAUACUGCCCCCAAUGUGGUAAAAAGUUCCCCUCCAAAGCGCGAUUCUGCUCCUCCUGUGGGGCCAUGCGUAAGUCCAAGGUGGCUACGAUGGACUCAACAGGCAUCCCGACGCCGCACAGGUUUACGCAUGCUUGCUCUGGAAGAGACAUUGGUUGUGACUAAGUUGGAGGAGUAA